AUGUCUGCUCCUGCCUCCAGUCUUGCGCGAGGGCGUGCAGCGUUACUCGAAAAGCGGCCCGACGAUGUUGUCAUAGCGUUCGCGGCGCGUACGGCGAUGGGUCGCGCGAAGAAAGGCCAGUUGAAGGACGUGCCCGUUGACGAGCUGCUCAGAGGCUUGUUCAAGGCUACGCUCGACAAGACGGACCUCGAUCCGGCAAAGAUCCAAGAUAUAUGUGUCGGAACGUGCCACCCACCAUCGCCGCUCUACGUCUCGCGCGCAGCCGCACUCGCGGCGGGUAUCCCGGCCAGUGUGCCCAUAUCGACAGUGAAUCGGCUCUGCUCGUCCGGCCUGAUGUCCAUUCGCGCGAUUGCGCAGUCUAUCCAGGCUGGCGAGAUCUCGCUUGGCGUGGCCGUUGGGGCUGAGAGCAUGUCGCUCAACCCGCGUCCUACACCCGAGAUUGUGGAUGCGGUAUCCGCGAAUACGCAAGCACACGAUUGUAUCCAGCCUAUGGGGUGGACAUCGGAAAUGGUUGCACAAACAUACAAAGUCCCCAGGCAAAAGCAGGACGAAUACGCGCUCAUCUCACACACUCGCGCCAUCGAACAACUCAAGUCGCAUGCGUACGCCGACGAGAUCCUACCUAUCGAGAUUCGAGGUCAGAUGGUGAAUGUCGAUGAUACUGUGCGACCUGGCGUCUCAGCAGAAGGUUUGGCAACGCUCAAGCCAGUCUUCCCGCAAUGGGGCGAGGGUUCAACCACUGCUGGUAACGCGAGUGGAGUCGGCGACGGCGCCGCGUUAUGUAUCCUUGCGUCGCGUGAGCGUGCGGAGAAGGAAGGGCUCGAGGUCAUUGGUAAAUACGUUGGCGCGGCUGUCGUCGGCGUCGAGCCGAGAUACAUGGGAAUUGCGCCCGUAUACGCCGUGCCGAAGGUGCUCGAGGCGUACGGGCUCAGUAAAGAAGACAUCGACGUAUAUGAGAUCAACGAAGCGUUUGCGUCGCAGUUCGCGUACUGCGUCGAGACUCUACAAGUAUGA